AUGGCUAGCAAAAGCUUGCUCUUGAUAGUAUUGGCGAUUCUGGCUGAGGCCCUUAUUUGCGGAGGACAAUUGCCAGGUGGCUGGAAUAGCAUUGAACCGGAGAGUGAUCCUCAUUACCGUGAACUGAUUCAAUACGCGCUGGCUGUCAAACCCGUCGUAGUAGACGACGCAUACUGCGCUCUUUAUAAUAUAAACGGCGGGGAAGAGCAGGUUGUGGAAGGUUAUCGCUACAAAUUAAUGUUCGACAUUGCCAAGUCAAACUGCAUUGCAGGACGUGAUGAAUACAUCCCCGUGAAGUGUACACCAGUACUCAAUGCGGUACCUAUACAAUCUUGUACGGUAAUAUUCUGGGAAAGAUCUUGGCUGCACAAGCUUGAAAUGGAAUCGUUUGAAUGUGAUGCCCUUGUGUCAGAUUCUGGGAGAUAUGAAGAAUCAGGUCCGUUAACGAGACAGCAUGGAUAAAUGUGCUAAACUGCAAUGAUAUCCCGAAUAAAGGUUCUAUA